AUGUCUUCCAAACGAGGUUCACCUUCAAGCGACACCGAAUCCUCCUCAAAAAGAGCAAGGACUUACCCGGUAAUCAACGACUACAACAGAGAUUAUCAAGAUUCCGAAGCAGAUGUGACUCUCAUAUCUUCUGAUGGAUUCGAAUUCAAGUAUCGUUUUUCGAUCAUCGGAGACAAUUCCGAUCGUACCAUUGAUCUCAGCGAUGAGACCAUCGAGCGAUCCUCGACCGUAUCUCUAUUCCUGCAGACAUGCCGGGGGCAAACACCGAAAUUCUCAACAGGACAGGAGGUGUACUGUUUGUACAGUGAUCUGAUCGAUUUUUCCAAGAAGUACGACGCUGCGCCUACUAUUCAAUUAAUAUCCGCUCCCAUAUAUCGAUAUUUUCAUGUAAAGCAGCUAUCUUCAUACUAUAUGUUUGAACUGGGCAGCAGGUUGGACGCACCAGAAAUGGUUUCUUUAGCACUUCGAAAUAGCAAGAACGAAGUGUGGCUGGCGACAGAGACGUAUACCGCGGACGAACAAGAGAAAGUUAAAAAUCCCCUUGCAACCUUGGGGAAUGUAAUCGAUGCCUUGUGGACAGAUCCGAGCUCAUGGAGCAUCCAAUUGCUCAAGACAAUUCCGGCAGACUACCUAUUUGCCAUGCUUCGAGCUAACAAAUACGGUAGAGCUGAUGCAGAAAAGGUAGCAGAUGGUUUCGUUCAGAUCAUGAUAGAAAUGGGUGAGUACACUGUAAGAACUGCAAGGAGAGCGAGCUGA